UCACACAUGUGCCACCACAUACUGCCGCCGCAGUGGCACGAACAUCGAGUUUGAACGUUCUCCUGUCGGGAAGAGGAGGAGCAGAAGUGUGAAACAGAUCAACUUCAGGUGGAGAGCAGCUUGUAAACCGUCAUGGCUCCCAGCUUGUCACAGGCAUACAGGCGGAGGUGGUGGAUGGCCAUCACAGCCAUCAUCGAGAACCUGCUGUUCUCUGCUGUGCUGCUGGGCUGGGCCUCGCUGCUCAUCAUGCUGAAGAAGGAAGGCUUCUAUUCUCACCUUUGCCCUGGAAACGAGACUGCGGACACGAAUGUGACUUUCAUGCAGAGCAACGAUUGGAAGAGUUGUGUGGAACAAGAGGAGAUACUGAAUCUCGGCUUCACCAUCGGAUCCUUCCUCUUGAGCGCAGCCACAUUACCCCUGGGCAUCUUGAUGGACAAAUAUGGGCCACGACCGCUGAGACUCAUUGGCAGUUCAUGCUUCGCAGCCUCCUGCGCCAUAAUAGCUGCUGCUGCGUACGACCCUGAAGUCCUGUCGGGCCUCAUCUUCUUGGCCGUGUCCUUGAACGGUUUUGGAGGAAUCUGCCUGACCUUCACUUCACUCACAGUACGAUUUACACACAUCAUGCACACGUUUCCUUUAUUCACCUCAACCCUUAAAUCUCUUCCCUCAUGCUUCUCUGUCCUACUCUUCCUCCUCCAGGUGAUUUAUGACCUUGGCGUCUCUUUCCGGGUCAUCAUGUGGGUCUGGAGUGGAAUGGCCUGCACUGUGAUCCUAAACUGCUUCCUGAACUGGCCCACUGAAUCUUUCCCUGCACCCGAAGACAUCAGAUACACUAAAAGGGUGAAGAUAAGUGGGGUUGUGACAGAGGACAGCCUGACCGGGGACAGGAACAUCACCCACAUGACUGCAAUGGAAGACACAAUGGGAUCCAGACAGACAGUACCUGAGCACACAGACCCCCACAGCACAGCCCAAGCUUCUGUGCCGCUCUGUAACUCUGUGUGUUCUCCCAUAUUCCUGUGGAGUCUUAUCACCAUGGCGAUGACACAGCUGAGGCUCAUCUUCUUCAUGGGCGCUAUGAAUAAGAUGAUAGAGUUCCUAGUCACCCACGGCGACCCCAACCCCUCUGAGGAGCUACAGAAGGAGGUGGAACAACAAGUUGGAUUCUACUCAUCGAUCUUCGGUACGAUGCAGCUGCUGUGUCUGCUGACCUGUCCGUUGAUUGGCUACAUCAUGGACUGGAGGAUGAAGGACUGUGAAGAGGAAAGUCCAAACACACAAACAGACAAUUGCCAACUGAAUGCCCCAAAGAGAAACAGGAAGAUCCAGAAAAUCACUAAUGCCUUGAGAGCUUACAUCUUCACCAACCUCCUGUUGGUCACCUUUGGCAUCACAUCCCUGAUAGACAACUUGCCCUUACAGAUGGUGUCGUUCAUUCUGCAUACCGUAGUGAGAGGAUUUGUUCACUCCUGCUGUGGAGGUCUCUAUGCUGCUGUAUAUCCAGCCAACCACUUCGGGACACUGACAGGCAUGCAGUCAAUGAUCAGUGCUGCGUUUGCCCUGCUUCAGCAACCACUGUUCAUAUUGAUGGUGGGACCCCUCAGUGGAGAUCCUUACUGGAUCAAUCUGGGCCUUCUCAUCUUCUCCCUUGCUGGCUUCCUGUUGCCAGGCUACCUGUUCUAUCACCGGAGAAACCUGAUCAGGGCAACGGCAGAACACGAUAGGACAGCUGCCGGCCAAUCGAGGACUGAAAAUGUUGCUCUAACCCAGUCAUCCGGUGGAACUGCUAAGACCCUAGCCAAUGGGGACGCAGCUGAUGAACUCAUGCCGAAUGGUGUUUAAGAUGAAAUGAAUAACUUAGUAAAUAGUUUGCUCAUUUUUGAGGAUAUAAAUCAAACUUGAUUAUGAAAAGGACAACACACACAAACCAAAGAAAACAUAUAUUUUAAAAAAUAACAUCCUGCAUUGCUCCGUGAGUGAGAAUAAGAGUCGGCUGUGACGAACGGCUUGUUCAGAAGAGCUUCAAUCCCCAUAUGACCCUGGAAAGAUGUGGGAAACAUCCUGUAUCCUCUCAUCCUGUUCACCACAUGCAGCAGUUUUCCAACUGUAUUCCAACUCAAUUUCCAGCUGUAGUUCAAACCGUGACAGUGGUCUGUGGGCUCGUGCUUACAAAGCAAUGCAAGUGUAGAAAUUCAAGCAAGCGUGCAGAUAUGAUAUGCUUAUUACACGCUUAUUACAUGCUUAUUACACAAGUUAUGAGCUUGUUUGGUUUGUUUAAAUAUUCUAGUUAUUUAAAGUGGGUUUAAAGUCACUUGUUUCCUGGUAACUGAGGACAAUUUUGGACAAUAUUGUUACGAUCUUGAGAAAAUAAUUUAUGUUAAUGGUAAUAUGGAAAAAGAACUGUUGAUAGUUCACAAACGUUAUUUUCAGAAUUAUAAACUUCUGCUCCUGCCACUGUGUAACGUGGUUUGACACAGUAAACUGUUACAGAGCUCUUGACCAAUCACAUUAGGGCGCCUGUUCCUCUGAGGUCCCGCCCUCCAAACUUUUAGUCGGGUUGAUUUGAGUGAGCAGAGUUUAGUUUCAACAACGGUUCCUUGCGUGAGCUUGAAUCCACUGCAGCACUCGCGUGCAUGAUGGCGUCUUUGUGUGUGUGGCUGCUGACUCUCUACACACACACUGCUGAACUUACGCACAAGAAAUGUCAUUGCAUCAUUGCAGUGAGUACCUGUGCCCAUGAAAGAUAACCUUGUAAACACAGGUGGGUGGAGCUUUCAUGCUCACAGCCAAACGUGUGUGCUUGUGAUGACCAUAUUAGGGACCUGCCCUCUCUGUGACAUCAUACAGGUUUGAGAGUAGAAAAAACUGUAGAAGAAAAGUGUGUCGAAGCUUUUGGCUUACAGAGAUUACUUGUGCAUUUGCUGAGCUCAUUAUUUGAAACAUUAGCCAGGUUUAGCAUGAGCAUGCACAUUUCGAGCCCGUUCUCACUCCCGAGGCGUAACAUGCCGACGUUUUGUCACGUCCCGCGGCGUUCCUGAGGAACGCAAAA